GACUUUUUCAUAUUUAGUUCCACUUCCAAAGCCUUUAAUUUCUUCGACAACUAUGGCCUCUUUGAGCUGCUCCGCCUCCGAGCUCAGCCCACUUCUGGGCGGAGCCGUGAACGCGACGGGUGCGGCGAACUUCAUCUGCGGCCAGUUGACGGCCUUCUCCGCCCAACUGACGGCCACGAAAUUCGCGGUGGACAACACGUACCUCCUCUUCUCCGCCUACCUGGUGUUCGCCAUGCAGCUGGGGUUCGCCAUGCUCUGCGCCGGCUCCGUCCGCGCCAAGAACACCAUGAACAUUAUGCUCACCAACGUCCUCGACGCCGCCGCCGGCGGCCUCUCCUAUUACCUCUUCGGCUUCGCCUUCGCUUUCGGAUCCCCCUCCAACGGCUUCAUCGGCCGCCAUUUCUUUGGCCUCAAAGACUUCCCUUCUCCUGCCUCUGACUAUAGCUACUUCCUUUAUCAAUGGGCUUUUGCCAUAGCUGCUGCAGGAAUCACAAGUGGGUCCAUAGCAGAAAGAACACAAUUCGUGGCAUACCUCAUCUACUCUUCAUUUCUGACCGGUUUUGUGUACCCAAUAGUUUCGCACUGGUUCUGGUCUGGUGACGGUUGGGCCAGCGCAUCAAAAACUGACAACGAUCUUUUGUUCGGGUCUGGAGCCAUUGACUUUGCCGGUUCAGGGGUGGUCCAUAUGGUGGGAGGGAUAGCCGGGCUAUGGGGGGCGUUGAUUGAAGGCCCGAGGAUCGGCCGGUUCGACCGGACGGGCCGGUCCGUGGCGCUGAGGGGCCACAGCGCUUCGCUCGUGGUGUUGGGCACUUUCUUGCUGUGGUUCGGUUGGUACGGGUUCAACCCCGGUUCGUUUUUAACUAUAUUGAAAGCGUACGACACCGACGCCGGUCCAUAUUACGGCCAGUGGAGCGCCGUGGGGAGGACGGCCGUGACGACGACGUUGGCGGGGUGCACGGCGGCGCUCACGACGCUGUUUGGGAAGCGGUUGUUGGUCGGGCACUGGAACGUGAUAGACGUGUGCAACGGACUCCUCGGCGGAUUCGCGGCGAUAACUUCGGGGUGUUCGGUGGUGGAGCCGUGGGCGGCGAUCGUGUGCGGAUUCGUGGCGGCGUGGGUUCUGAUAGGGGCCAACAAGCUCGCCGCCGUCUGCAAGUACGACGACCCGCUAGAGGCGGCUCAGCUCCACGGCGGCUGCGGUGCAUGGGGGCUAAUCUUCACCGGUUUAUUCGCGAAAAAGAGCUACGUCAACGAAGUCUACCCGGGGCUCCCGGACCGGCCUUACGGGCUGUUCAUGGGCGGCGGCGGAAAGCUACUGGCGGCACAGAUGAUCCAGAUUGUGGUGAUUUUCGGGUGGGUUUCCGCCACGAUGGGGCCGCUGUUCUACAUGCUACACAAGCUGAAACUGUUGAGAAUCUCGUCGGAAGAUGAGACCCAUGGAAUGGAUCUGACGAGGCACGGCGGGUUUGCAUAUGCGUACCACGACGAAGACGACCAGUCAUCACACUAUCCGGGAAUCAAAAUGAGGAGAAUCGAACCGUCCAACACUCCCACACCGGAUCACAACUCCCACCCGUCGGCGGUAUGACGACUGGCACCAUGCAUGGACCACACCAACCAAAUUACUUUCUAUCAUAUUACAAAGCUAAGUGUGCGUGGUUUUUAGUGUAAUAUAUACUUUAAUGUAGCAGGUUUGUCUGGUUUGGUUUUUGUGGUUUGUCUGGUUUAAUCAUGAGGUGCAUGUAUCCUUCACUUCUUGCUUGUAAGUUGUAACAUGUACAUAAUAAGUACGAGCCAAUCGAGGAUGUUUUAUUAGGUUCAAUUCAAUAUAAUGGAAAGCUUGUAGUUGCUGUCUGAAUGUA